AUGCAGCCCCCACCCCCAGCAGCACACAGCUCCCCUCUACAUGUAGCCCCCACCCCCCAGCAGCACACAGCUCCCCUCUACCUGAUUCUCCCUUUCUCACCCCCCAGCAGCGCACAGCUCCCCUCUACCUGCAUUCCCCACUCCCCAGCAGCACACAGCUCCCCUCUACCUGAUUCUCCCUUUCUCACCCCCCGGCGCACAGCUCCCCUCUACCUGCAGCACCCACCCCCAGCGCACAGCUCCCCUCUACCUGCAGCCCCCACCAGUGCACAGCUCCCCUCUACCUGCAGCCCCCACCCCCCAACGCACAGCUUCCCUCUACCUGCAGCACCCACCAGCGCACAGCUCCCCUCUACCUGCAGCACCCACCCCCCAGCGCACAGCUCCCCUCUACCUGCAGCACCCACCAGUGCACAGCUCCCCUCUACCUGCAGCAGCUACCCCCCAGUGCACAGCUCCCCUCUACCUGCAGCACCCACCCCCCAGUGCACAGCCCCCCUUUACCUGCAGCCCCCACCCCCAGUGCACAGCUCCCCUCUACCUGGAGCACCCACCAGUGCACAGCUCCCCUCUACCUGCAGCACCCACCCCCCAGUGCACAGCUCCCCUCUACCUGCAGCACCCCCCAGUGCACAGCUCCCCUCUACAUGCAGCACCCACCCCCAGUGCACAGCUCCCCUCUACCUGCAGCACCCACCCCCCAGUGCACAGCUCCCCUCUACCUGCAGCACCCACCCCCAGUGCACAGCUCCCCUCUACCUGCAGCACCCACUAGCGCACAGCUCCCCUCUACCUGCAGCACCCACCAGUGCACAGCUCACCUCUACCUGCAGCACCCACUCCCAGUGCACAGCUCCCAUCUACCUGCAGCACCCACCCCCCAGUGCACAGCUCCCCUCUACCUGCAGCACCCGCCCCCAAUGCACAGCUCCCCUCUACCUGCAGCACCCACCCCCCAGUGCACAGCUCCCCUUAACCUGCAGCACCCACCAGUGCACAGCUCCCCUCUACCUGCAGCACCCACCCCCAGUGCACAGCUCCCCUCUACCUGCAGCACCCACCAGUGCAAAGCUCCCCUCUACCUGCAGCACCCACCCCCCAGUGCACAGCUCCCCUCUACCUGCAGCACCCACCAGUGCACAGCUCUUCUCUACCUGCAGCACCCACCGCAAAGUGCACAGCUCCCCUCUACCUGUAGCAACACCCCCCCAGCGCACAGCUCCCCUCUACCUGCAGCACCCACCCCCCAGUGCACAGCUCCCCUCUACCUGCAGCACCCACCCCCCAGCGCACAGCUCCCCUCUACCUGCAGCACCCACCCCCCAGCGCACAGCUCCCCUCUACCUGCAGCACCCACCCCCCUUUGCACAGCUCUUCUCUACCUGCAGCACCCACCACCCAGUGCUCAGCUCCCCUCUACCUGCAGCACCCACCCCCCAGCGCACAGCUCCCCUCUACCUGCAGCACCCACCCCCAGUGCACAGCUCCCCUCUAUCUGCAGCACCCACUCCCCAGCGCACAGCUCCCCUCUACCUGCAGCACCCACCCCCAGCGCACAGCUCCCCUCUACCUGCAGCACCCACCCCCCAUUGCACAGCUCCCCUCUACCUGCAGCACCCACCCCCCAGCGCACAGCUCCCCUCUACCUGCAGCACCCACCCCCCAGUGCACAUCUACCUGAUUCUCCCACUCCCAGCAGCACACAGCUCCCCUCUACCUGCAGUACCCAGCAGCACACAGCUCCCCUCUACCUGCAGUACCCAGCAGCGCACAGCUCCCCUCUACCUGCAGUACCCAGCAGCGCACAGCUCCCCUCUACCUGCAGCACCCACCAGUGCACAGCUCUUCUCUACCUGCAGCAUCCACCCCCCAGUGCACAGCUCCCCUCUACCUGCAGCACCCACCAGUGCACAACUCUUCUCUACCUGCAGCCCCCACCCCCCAGUGCACAGCUCCCCUCUACCUGCAGCACCCACCAGUGCACAGCUCUUCUCUACCUGCAGCACCCACCCCCCAGUGCACAGCUCCCCUCUACCUGCAGCACCCACCAGUGCACAGCUCUUCUCUACCUGCAGCCCCCACCAGUGCACAGCUCUUCUCUACAUGCAGCCCCCACCCCCAGCAGCACACAACUCCCUUUCUCACUUUAUGUAUUUCUUAUCUGUAAUGCUCGGUUUUGCUUUACUGAGCAGGUUAUAUACUUUGCACUGCCAUAUUAACAAGGUUUGA